AUGGUGGUCCUCGCAGCUUCUAUAAUAAGUAAAUCUGGCAAAGCACUUGUUUCGAGGCAGUUUGUUGACAUGUCUCGUAUACGCAUUGAGGGAUACCUUGCAGCUUUUCCCAAAUUGGUUGGAACAGGGAAACAACAUACUUACAUUGAGACAGAAAAUGUCCGUUAUGUGUAUCAGCCAAUAGAGUCCCUCUACCUCCUCCUAGUAACAAAUAAGCAGAGCAACAUUCUUGAGGAUUUGGAGACAUUGAGACUUCUCUCAAAACUUGUGCCUGAGUACUCUUAUUCCCUGGACGAAGAAGGCAUUGGCAAGACGGCUUUCGAAAUCCUUUUUGCUUUUGAUGAAGUUAUAUCACUUGGACACAAAGAAAGUGUCACAGUUGCACAAGUCAAACAGUACUGUGAAAUGGAAAGUCAUGAAGAAAAAUUGCACAAGUUGGUCUUACAAAGCAAGAUCAAUGAAACCAAGGACGUCAUGAAGCGCAAGGCUAGUGAGAUUGAUAAAAGCAAGAUUGAGAAGAGCAGGGGUGAGAAGGGCGGAUUUAUGUCUUUACAAUCAAUGGGUUCUGGAAGAAUUGAUGCUGGGUUUGGGCCACUUGGCAGUGACAAUGGCAUAUCCAAUAGUGGUGGUUUUGGAAGUGGUUCCGGAUUUGGAAUAAGCACUGAAGUGGAUGUGUUCUCGAAGGCUAAAGGCCGUCCACCAGCAUCUGCUUCAGCUCCGCCAAAAGGUCUUGGUAUGCAAUUAGGGAAAACCCAAAGAACUAACCAAUUUUUGGAGUCUCUCAAAGCUGAAGGUGAAGUGAUUGUUGAAGAUGUGAGGCCUAGUAUUGGUCACUCAAGUGCUGCUGCUCCACCACCAACUGAUCCUGUUACGUUGACUGUUGAGGAGAAGCUUAAUGUGACAUUGAAGCAGGAUGGUGGUAUUGGUAACUUUGAUUUACAGGGUAUUUUGUCACUUCAAAUCCUUAACCAAGAUGAUGGACACAUCCAAGUUCAGAUUGAAACUAGCGGGAAUCCAGGAAUAAUAUAUAAAACACAUCCCAAUAUUAACAAGGAAUUGUUCUCUGGUGAGAAUCUCUUGGGUCCCAAGGAUCCUAAUCGCCCGUUUCCUGCUGGCCAGUCUGGUGAUGGCCUUCCUUUGUUGAAGUGGAGAAUGCAAAGUGCAGAUGAGUCACUUGUGCCAUUGUCAAUUAACUGCUGGCCUUCUGUUUCCGGAAAUGAGACCUAUGUGAAUUUGGAGUACGAAGCUCCACCUAUGUUUGAUCUUCAAAAUGUUGUGAUUUCAAUCCCUCUUCCUGCUCUUAGAGAGGCACCAAGAGUACAGCAGAUUGAUGGGGAGUGGAGGUAUGAUUCAAGAAAGUCGAUAUUGGAAUGGUCUAUUGUACUGAUUGAUAACUCAAAUCGCAGUGGUUCAAUGGAGUUUGUUAUUCCCGCUAUAGACCCAUCUGAUCUUUUCCCGAUAUCUGUGCGCUUCACUUCUACCAGCACUUUUAGUGGCAUAAAGGUGGCUAAUAUCGUCCCACUGAAAGGAGGUAACCCGCCCAAGUUUUCCCAGAGGACUCUGCUCUCUGCUGAGAACUACCAAGUUGUUUGA